AUGUCAUCUCUAUCGGCAGCGGCGCCAUUCUUCAUCCGAUGUCUUAAGCCGAAUCUGACCAAACAGCCGGAUCUGUUUGUGUCAGACUUUGUGCACAACCAACUGUUGUACAGUGGCAUGUUGGAGACCGUGCGCAUACGCAGAGCAGGCUAUCCCUCGCGAGUGGGCUUUGAGGACUUUCUGCAUCGCUACAAGACACUUACAACCAAGAGGAUACAAGACAGUUUAAACGCAGCCGAACAAUGCCGCGCACUCAUGACCGCAGAGGAGUGUGGGGUGGUGGGUGAGGAGUGGCAAGUAGGUAUGUGA